ACCAAAUUAAUAACAAUACUUGCUUAGCAAUUUUGAAUUUUUUAAAUUCCAAUUGUAAGUAAUUAAAAUACGAAUGUCUCCCUGUAAUCGACAACCAACCGUACACGCAGAAGUAUUUGCGAUUUGAAGCGUUUUGUUGAAUUGGUGUAAACUCCACCCUCCCCCACCUGUGCAGCACCUUGGCAGUCUGUCGAGCACAACCGCUGCUCUCUAACUGCUGGCCGCUGCCUACACCGUCACGCAGGGGGAAUCUGUCGCGCUAGUGCUUUAGUCUUUUUAAACAAACGCUACGUGUCGAAUGACGAGAGUAGAUGACCGGGAACGUUCAGUCUGUCGGAGCACAGCGAGCACAUCAGUGCGGUGGAGCAUGAGCAUCGGUUAGAGACGAGAGGGUCGGUCAGGUCAAACACAGCCGGGUCGCAACUUGACAACCAUUGAUGAAGGCUAUCAGGAGGAGAAAUUACGAAGUUCAUAUGAAUACGAAGAAUGUGAAACGCCUCGCAAAGACUAGCGUUCUAGCGCAAAUGUUUGGAGAGAGAGUUGGCCGAUGAUUUUGUGCUCAGCCAAAGUCAACCGCACGUCACAGGUUGCAGUCUACUGAUUUAUCGCGAAGGGAUUCGGGGCGAGCGUUCAGCACGCGCCCGGAGAAGAGUGGCACCGACGCAACAUGGCUGGAUAACCGUUUCGUGGGCGCUGAUAUGUCACCUAAAAGAUCCUACAUGUUUCCAUCCGAGGAUGGCGACUUGUGGUCCGACGCCAUUGACUCCUUGCCGAGAAAGACAAAUGAAAAUGCAAAAGGGGGUCGGCUACCAAAAAGCAAAAUGGAAGUCAUCAUACCCUACUCGCCAGAUAUUCCGUGCGACGAGAGCGGGCAGCGGAUGUGGUGGGCGUUUCUCGCCUCAUCCUUGGUGACUUUCUUUGGGGGUCUCUUCAUCAUACUGUUGUGGAGAACUCUCAAAUAUAUAUGGACCCUCUGCUGCCAAUGCGACAUCAGCAAGCAGGAAGCCCAGGGUGUCCGUGACCCCACUGAGACUACUGACUGUCCAGGUGAGGGUACACAGGAGGAAGACCAUGAGCAUAUGGAGCUUCCGGUUGAUUGGAUGACUUCAGUGAAGGACUGGGCUGGGGUCAUGAUCUGUGCCCAGAACCUGACUGGACGCAUGCUGGUGGUGCUAGUCUUCAUCCUCAGCAUAGGAGGACUGGUCAUUUACUUCAUCGACUCCUCAGAUCCUAUAGAAUCCUGCCAGGACUUCAGCAAGGACUUCAGCCUGCAAGUUGACAUGGUGUUCAACAUCUUCUUCCUGCUGUACUUCGGUCUGCGUUUCAUUGCAGCUAAUGAUAAGCUAUGGUUCUGGCUGGAGGUGAAUUCAAUUGUGGAUUUCUUCACUGUGCCACCAGUAUUUGUAUCUGUGUACCUGAACAGGAGUUGGCUGGGUUUGCGGUUUUUAAGAGCCUUAAGACUGAUACAAAUAUCUGAAAUCUUACAGUUUCUAAAUAUUUUACAAACUAGCAAUUCCAUAAAGCUGGUGAACUUGUGCUCAAUCUUCAUAAGCACAUGGCUAACUGGUGCAGGCUUUAUACACUUGGUGGAAAAUUCAGGGGAUCCUUGGAAAAAUUUUGAAAAUUCCCAGUCACUUACCUACUGGGAAUGUGUAUAUCUGCUCAUGGUAACCAUGUCCACGGUGGGAUAUGGUGAUAUCUAUGCUAAAACGGACCUUGGGCGUGUUUUCAUGGUGUUUUUCAUCCUCGGUGGUUUGGCCAUGUUUGCCAGCUACAUCCCUGAAAUCAUAGAAUUAAUAGGAAACCGCAAGAAAUAUGGUGGUUCCUAUAGUGCAGUAAAUGGGAGAAAGCAUAUUGUGGUGUGUGGCAACAUUACUCUGGAAAGUGUCUCCAACUUCCUGAAAGACUUCCUACACGAGGACAGGGAUGAUGUUAAUGUAGAAAUAGUUUUUCUUCAUAAUAUUGAACCUAAUCUUGAGCUGGAAGCCUUAUUCAAACGCCACUUCACUCAGGUGGUGUUCUUCCAGGGUUCCGUCCUAAAUCCAUACGAUCUUGCUCGAGUCAAGAUUGAACUAGCAGAUGCCUGUUUGAUUAUAGCGAAUAAAUACUCUUCAGACCCUGAUGCAGAGGAUGCAUCCAAUAUCAUGAGAGUGAUAUCCAUCAAGAACUACCAUUCAAAGAUACGCAUUAUCACCCAGAUGCUGCAGUAUCACAAUAAGGCUCACCUACUGAACAUCCCCAGCUGGAACUGGAGGGAGGGUGAUGAUGCGAUCUGCCUGGCUGAGCUGAAGCUGGGCUUCAUUGCCCAGAGCUGCAUGGCCCAGGGCCUCUCUACCAUGCUGGCCAACCUCUUCUCCAUGAGGUCCUCCAUUCAGAUUGAAGAGGAUAUAUGGCAGAAGUAUUAUCUGGAAGGAGUAUCCCAAGAAAUGUACACAGAUUACUUGUCUAGUGCCUUUGUGGGUUUAUCAUUCCCUGAGGUUUGUGAGCUGUGCUUUGUGAAACUAAAUCUCUUGCUGAUAGCCAUUGAGUUCAAGUCUGAUCAGAGAAAUGUCAAUAUGAUGAUUAAUCCAGGAAAACAUGUGAAGUUGCAAGAUAAAACACUGGGAAUCUUCAUCGCCGGUGAUGCCAAAGAAGUAAAGAGGGCCUCAGUGUACUGUAAGGCUUGCCAUGAUGACAUCUCAGACCCCAAACUGAUCAAGAAGUGUGGAUGCAAGCAAAUGACGUAUUCCAAGAAGGCCAGCAUUCGCCGGGUGCGCCUGACGGGCUGUUUAGAUUGCAGCGAAGGGGAGCAAGGCUGUUCAUGUAUCUCCCGCAGUGUCUGUAGAAGUGCAGAGAUGCCACCCCAUGCAUUUCCCCUCUCUCCUACCUCUCUUAGUGAUAACUUGGCAACUUUGCGUUCCUCUAAAAGUAACUAUAAUGGAUAUGUCAAAUCCAGUGAGGCAGAGUCUCCUCUGUCAUCUAAGAAAAAACAGCAGAAUGAAGGAUUGAGGGAUUCAAUCAACUCUUCUCCACAAAACACAAGACACCUGGUGGAGAUGAUGGACGACAGCGUGAAGCGGUACGACUCCACAGGAAUGUUCCACUGGUGCCCCUACAAAGAUAUAGAGAAGGUUGUACUGACCCGCAGCGAAGCCUCAAUGACAGUUCUAAGCGGCCAUGUGGUGGUGUGCAUCUUUGGUGAUAUGAAGUCAGCUCUGGUGGGCCUGAGGAACCUGGUGAUGCCUCUCAGAGCCAGUAACUUCCACUAUCAUGAGCUGAAGCCUAUCGUCUUUGUGGGCUCACUGGACUAUCUAAAGAGGGAGUGGGAUACACUCAGCAACUUCCCCAAAGUCUCCAUCUUACCCGGCUCUCCUCUAAGCAGAGCGAAUCUGAGGGCUGUCAACAUCAACCUGUGUGACAUGUGUGUCAUCAUCUCAGCCAAUCAGAAUACUGUAGAUGAUACGUCAAUGCAGGAUAAGGAGUGCAUCCUGGCCUCACUCAACAUCAAAUCCAUGCAGUUUGAUGACACCAUAGGUCUUCUGCAGGCGAACUCCCAUGGCUUCAUUCCUCCAGGUGUGGACCGCUCUUCUGCUGAGAACAGCCCCGUGCAUGGCCUGAUGAGACAGGCAGUUACUAUGGAAGGCAACAUCCCCAUCAUCACAGAGCUCGCUAAAGUAGACAGAUUCCAAAACUCAGUGUGUGUGAUACAGGAUAGGAGCAAUGGAACCUCAAUCCCUAUGAUCACUGAACUUGUGAAUGAUGGUAAUGUGCAGUACCUGGACCAGGAUGAUGAUGAUGACCCCGACACUGAGCUGUACCUCACACAGCCCUUUGCUUGUGGGACAGCAUUUGCUGUCAGUGUGCUCGACUCUUUAAUGAGUGCUACAUACUUCAAUGAUAACAUUCUGACAUUGAUCCGGACGCUGGUCACAGGUGGAUCCACCCCAGAACUGGAGGGUUUGUUGGCGGAGGAGAACACCCUACGUGGGGGCUACAGCACCCCUGAAACACUUGCCAAAAGGGACAGGUGCCAUGUGACCCAGCUGGCCCUGUGUGAAGGGCCCUUUGCUGAACUCGGGGAAGGAGGUUUAUAUGGUGAUUUAUUUUGCAAGGCAAUAAAAACUUACAACAUGCUGUGUUUUGGAAUAUACCGACUACUGGACAUGCCCCGGACCACUGAGACUGAGUGUACGAAGCGGUUUGUAAUCACCAACCCUCCAUAUGAUUUGGAGCUGAUACCUACAGACAUGGUUUUCUGCCUAAUGCAGUUUGACCCUACUGCGGGUCAGUCAUGCACCACGCUGUCGCACUCCUCCCACUCCUCUUACAGCUCGAGCAAAAAGAACUCUGCAAGCACAGGCCCACGCAACGGCCGUCCAAAGAGCUGCGAGCCACGGGACAGGCAGAAUGCAACCAGGAUGAGCAGAGAGGAAACAGAAAAGACUUGGUACACAGAUGAAGCAGAGAAUGCCUCUCCAGAAAAACACCAGUCAGAUCCACCAAACCAACACAUCGCUCACACAAACAGUCUGGCCAUGCAGUACAAGCCUACGACCACUCCUAUCCUUCCAGUCAGAGAGACAGAAGAGGAGAAUUGAGGACAAAUCAUGUGCAUUGCUGACAAA